CGACCACAUAUAUACUCCAGAAUCUCAUCCUUCGCCUUCUCCUUCUCCAUCCCAAAUCGAAUAAGAUAGAUAGGUGAAAAUGGCGCAGUGUGUGGCCAACACAUUCGUGCAAGGAAAACCCUUUCUUCCAGUUGCAGCAGCUCCCACUAAAAAUCAGGUUCGGAGAGCGGUUCAGUGCGGUGUGUGGUGCAAGAAGAAGGAGAUACACCCGCAAUUCUACGAGGAAUCGAAGGUGUACUGCAACGGGGAGCUGGUGCUGACGACAGGUGGGACCCAGAAGGAAUACGUGGUGGACGUGUGGUCGGGGAACCACCCCUUCUACCUCGGAAGCCGGUCGGCGUCUAUGGUCAGCGACGACCAGGUCGAGAAGUUCCGCAAGAAGUUCGGGGAGCUCAAAGAGAUCAUGGAGAUUCCUGUUCUCAAGGGAGAGAUUGUUAUCCCCUCAAGGCGCAAGGGUGUUUCCAAAGGAGGCAAGAAAAAAUAAUCUAUUCUACUCGAACAGGAUUGUCUCCCAUAGGAAGAUAUUAAGGUUUCCUUUUUUAAUUUCAAUUUCUGUAAUAUUGUAAGACGCUUUAAGCCUGUGCUAUGGAUAUUGUUUCGAGCAAGCCCGUGAAUGUGGUAAUGUGAUUGAUUUGGUGAUUAUGUUCA